AUGUCUGCCGAGAACGACUUGCAGGGCCGAGUGGCUCUGAUUACUGGAGCCUCUGGAGGAAUCGGUGGUGCCUGCGCUCGCAAAUUGGCUCCGUAUGGAGUUGAUUUGGCACUCACAUAUUCAUCGAACAAGACGGCCAUUGACGAGCUUGUUGCCCAGCUCCAGAAGGAUUUUCCCGCUGUGAAGAUCACUUCCCACCAGGCGGACCUUUCCAACACCGAACAGACGCUUGCAUUAUGCGAGGAAGCCGCCAAGGCCCAUGGCAAGCCCAUUUCCAUCCUUAUCAGCAAUGCCGGCAGAGGAAAGCGCUACCCCCAGAUCUGGGACAUUCCAGUUGAGGAGUUCGAUCUGACCAUUGCUACGAACCUCAAAGCUUCGUUCCUACUGGUCAAGGGCGUUGCCGAAGGCAUGAGGGAUCAGAAGUGGGGUCGGAUCGUCUUCAUCUCGAGCAUUGCCGCGUACGGAGCUGGCGUAAACGGAGCGCAUUAUGCUGCAAGCAAGGGUGGCCAGCUCGGCAUGAUGAAGAACUUGAGCACGAGGCUUGUCGAGUACGGCAUUACCGUCAAUGACGUAGCACCGGCAAUGAUUGGAGACACUGGCAUGUUCCCUUCUACGGACACUGUUCCCGGCGUUGUCGACACGAUUCCGGUGGGCAGACUUGGCAAACCAGACGAGGUGGCAAACGCAGUUGAGAUGUUUGUGAAGACUCCGUACUGUACCGGACAGAGCGUGGUUGUUGCUGGUGGACUCAUGCACAAGUAG